AUGGGUGCUACCAAAUCAUCAGCCCUUGUCUCAGAACAGGAGGCACACAUUCCCAAAUCAGAAGACGACACCGCGAUUUGGAGUCUUCGCCAUAUCCAAAUCCUUUGGUCCUGGGCCGCUCGACCAAAGCCAGUUCUCCCGAAAUAUCCCCCGAUCUCGUCUAUCCCUCACACCUCUGCCGACCGGCUUUCCCAGCCCGACGUCGCUCCGACACCGUUUCCAAGCGAACCGAUACUCGCGAAAGCGUUCAAUCAAAAUGCGCCUGUCAAGCCCAAGACCGUUCUCUAUCUCGCUUAUGGCUCAAACAUGUGUGCCGAGACGUUUCUCGGUAUGCGCGGUAUCCGUCCGCUGAGCCAAGUCAAUGUCGCAGCGCCGUCGCUUGAUUUGACGUUUGACCUGCCGGGAAUCCCCUACCGCGAGCCGUGCUUCGCCAACACCGCGCUCCGAAAACUCCCCGGAGCGCCGCCGAAAUUCCCGCCGGAGCUCCCCCAACCGCCGCAAUACGAAGGCAAGGAGGAUGGCGCAAAUGGUUCAGCACGCCGGCCACCAGUCUGGAACAAGGGGUUAUACGGCAUAGUCUACGAAGUCACAGCGGAAGACUACGCCAAGAUCGUUGCGACGGAGGGCGGCGGCGCAAGCUACCACGACAUCCUUGUGCCGUGCCUAGUCCUUCCGCCGAGCGUGCGAGUGCCCGAGAAGCCCACCAUUCCCGUGCCUCCGAAGCCCUUCCUCGCGCACACCCUGUACGCGCCGCGCAUUCCCGAUGUGCCCGACACCGCCAACGGCACGACCAAAAAAGCCGGCGACGACGACGCCCCCACUCCCCCACCCAGCUGGCUCACCCGCCUGCUGACCCCCGUCCGGCGGCCGCAGCCCGACUACGCGCAGCCGUCGGCGCGCUACCUCAAGCUGCUGGCGGACGGCGCGCGCGAGCACGAGCUGCCGCAGGAGUAUCAGGCGUACCUGGCGGCGCUACAGCCCUACAUGCGGACGACGCCGCGCCAGCGGUGGGGCCAGUUCCUGUUCCUGGGCUUCUGGGCCCCCGCCAUCAUCUUCCUGAUGACGGCCGGGCGGUGGUUCGCCGACGGCCGCGGCCGCUCGCCGCCCUGGUUGCUGACUACGAGCACCGUCUUGUUCAACCUGGUGUGGCUGAGCUAUGACUACGUGGGGAAGAAGCUGUUUGGAGAUGGGGAGAGGACGGAGGAGGGCCAGGGUGAGGGCGAAACGGAGGCGGUGGCGCCUGUGAAGGCGAGGCGGGGGAGUUUUGCGAGCGGGCUGAGGGGGAAGGGCGAGGUGGCGGAUGAGGAGAAGAGGGCUUUGCUGGACGAUUAUUGA